AUGUGGAAGCGACUACAAAAGCACCAGACGCAACUUUUGCUCUGUUUGCUGGGAUUUUCUUUUGGAAUCACAAUCAGACUCCAUCGAAACUACCUCGUCGAAAAAUGCAUCCACGACGAAACCCUCCACCCUCAUUCGGCCUCUUUCGUCGACAUGAUCCCCAUCGAAGAAUCAACACAGCACCGCCAACUCGUCAACAUCGGAGUCAUGUCUGCUCAGAAAUUUCUGAUGCGACGAACAAGAGAUAUUGCCGAAUCAUGGGCACUUGACGUGACGAAAAAUGGCGGAAAAGUGACUGUGUUUUCUGACAAUUCGGAGAAUCUAAAAUUUGAUAGUUUGAAUAUUAUCACGCUGCAGGGAGUUAAUGAUAAUAUGUACCCGCCGCAGAGGAAAUCGUAUUCUGUUAUCAGACAUUUUCACGAUGUCGAGCUCAACAAUUUCGACUGGUUCAUGCGACUCGAUGACGAUCCUUUGAUGAUCGGCAAUGCAGGAAUGGGGCGGGACCCGGAUGAUUAUGUGCCGAAGGAAAUGACUUACUGUAUGGGCGGAACGGGCAUCAUCUUUUCCAGAGAGGCGAUCAAGCAGAUUCGCCCGCAUUUGCACAAAUGCCUCAAGGAAGAAAUCUACUCAGAACACGAAGACAUCGAACUUGGCCGCUGUUUCUACAAUCAUCUAAAUCUCACCUGUACCAACGCACGGGACACACCAGAUUUUUUCUGGAACAAUUACCGACCGCGUCCGCUCAAGCCCGGGCAAAGCUCAAGCUGGGACAAUAUUGACAUGAAAAAAGUGAGCGACAAAGUCAAAAAAGCGAUGACGCUGCACUCGAACAAGUUCUAUCCUUAUCAGCAGAAUUCACGACUGGACAUGCUCAAAUACGAGGCGCAGAUUAUUCAAGACAGAAUCAAUGAUCUUCAGAAAAAGAUGCUGAAGGUGGUUCUUCAUACAAAGCCAAGCCCUCUCGAGGAAACUGAUGACAUCUUCGAAACCUACCGAAAAGAAGAUGACGGAAAAGUGUAUCACUACAAACUUGACCAAGACAAUCCCGUCCAAAUCAAUCGAGGAGCCGCGGUUGAUGGCUUUUUCUCACUCCUUGGCUAUGAAAAAUCAUGGAAGAGCCUUUCAUACGGCAGAAGCAAAAACAGCUACAUCUAUCAGUUCGAAGUGAAAAAUGAAGAAGGAGUAAAAGACUCGGCGAUCGUCAAAAAAACUCUUGGCGGAAUGGAGACAAAAGCGAUCGAAGUUUUCCACAAAAAAUGCGAGAGCAUUGAUUUUAUCAUUCCUCUUGUCGGAAGAGAGGAUCAAGUGGACCGAUUCCUGAAAAAUAUCCGUGAUGACUUUGAUUCUUCAUCGUAUGGCAUCAAUCUCAUUUUCGUCUAUUUCAAGGAGAAUGAGCACAAAGAAGAAAUUAAGAGUCUCCGAGGAAAAUUGGCGAAUCUGAAAAAACUUGCAAAGGAGAAAUUCACCUGCGAGCUUGACUUUGAUGUGAUCACUUCCAAGGCUGAUUUUAGCAGAGGCAUUGGGCUACAGAUGGGCGCGGAUUCAAGACCAAUGCAAUCAAUUCUGUUUAUGGUCGACAUCGAUAUGGCAUUCAAGCGGAAGCUCCUGCAAAACAUCAUUUCCAACACGAGAAUCGGCCAAGCUUACAUGCCAAUAAUCUUCUCCCAGUUUAAAAAACGGCCGGAACCAGACGGUGUGACGGACCGUCACGGUUUUUGGAGAAAUUUUGGAUACGGUAUGGUCUCGAUUUACAGAUCCGAUUUGGUUAAAUCAGGCGGAUACGACAAAUCCAUCAUCGGCUGGGGCCUCGAAGAUGUCAAGCUCGCCGAGAGACUAAUAGAAAAAGACGUUAAUAUUUUCCGCGCUGUCGAGCCGAACUUGGUCCACAUCUACCACGACAAAGACUGCUCCGGCCUCGAAGAUCAACAAAAGAAAGCAUGCGUCGACGUCAUGAACAAUCACUACACUUCUUCAGAAGCACUUUAUGAAAUAUUUCUGAAAAAGACUUUGAAUCGGAAGAGAAGAAGCUAA